CACUGUGUGACAGGACACAUCCAGGGGUGGUGACGGUGGGGUCCGGGACAUUGUCCAUAAGGUCGGACUCCAUGAGUAUGAUUCUGUCAGGCUGUGGUUGGCCCAGUCUGUGAGAGAGCUCACCCAGCGUUGGCACUAGCCCAGCCCCCCCACCCCGAUGGUAGUGAGGAGGGUCUUCACAGGGUAGGCAGGGCUGUUUCUGCCAGUGUCUGACCUGAUGCCGGCUGACCCGUCCGGUUUCAUUUCUCUGAGGCUUUGGAGCAGUUGGUACAACUGGGCGGCUUGCUGGGCCAUGUCAGAGGGCAACUGAGAGGUCAACCCCAUUACUGAGGGCCUGGAGUCACGUGUAGGCCCAGACCAGGCUGCCCACACCAUCCACAUGAGCUCGACAUCGCCGCAUUACCACUUCAACGCAACGUACUCGGGAACGCAACAGGCUGGUCCUGGCGAAAGCUUCCCGCUGCUGGUGGGUGAAAUGGAUAGUUCCGGAAGCUUAAAUGCGCAGUGCGUCCUCCUGCUGGCCGAGAGGAUCCGCGCGAAAGCGGCGUUUCAGACGCAGCAGGACAAGUUUCUGACCUGGCAGUUUGACUCGGAGUAUCGAGGGGACAACUUCACAGCGAGCGUCACCCUCGGCAACCCAGACAUCAUCAACGAAUCAGCCAUUGUGGUCGGGCACUUUCUACAGAGCGUCACCCAGAACCUGGUCCUGGGAGGUGAGAUCGUCUACCAUCGGAGGCCCAACGAGGAAGGGGCCAUCCUUACGUUGGCAGGAAAAUACGCCACCCCUCAGUGGAUCGCCACCCUGAACAUCGGUCGCGGUGGGGCUCACGUCAGCUACUACCACAGGGCCAAUGAUCAGGUUCAGGUGGGCGUGGAGUUUGAGGCGAGCUCCCAGACCCGGGAGACAGCCUUCUCGUUCGGGUACCAGCUCGACCUCCCACAGGCAAAGAUGGUGUUCCGAGGCUCCCUGGACAGCAACUGGGUCGUGGGGGGCGUCCUGGAGAAGAAGCUCGCCCCUUUACCUCUGACCUUUGCCCUGGGCGCCUUCAUGGACCACAUGAAGGGCAAGUUCCAGUAUGGCUUCAGUGUCACAGUCUGUUGAGUGGACCCACAGAAUUCCGACAUCGCGGCGUUCCGGGGGGUAAACUAUUGGGGUUCGAUGAUGUCGGCCUAUUUUGAAAUGUUGACAAGUCACGUCGUGGUCUGAUCAAGCUGGUUGAAGGAUCGAAUUGUCUCAUUGGACGGACACAAUUCUUUCUAAACCAAAAAAAAACCGAAAAGAACUGGGGACGAUGUCAAUCCGAAACCGAAGUUGCUGGAAAAGCUCAUCAGGUCUGGUCGCAUCUGUGGGGCGAAAUCUAAGUGAACCCUUCGGGGGCAGUGGACCUUCCUCUCGGUUCCUUCAGGGAUGAUGAUGUCAACGAGAAGCGGCUGGUGCAGGUUGGUCAGGGGCGGUCACGGGCAGCGGCUCUCCACCUGAAUGACGGUGGUUGUGGUUGUUGGAGGGUCAGCCCAGCUCCAGGACAUCUCUGCUGGAGUCCCUCAGGGUCGUGUCCCAGGCCCCAACCAUCUUCAACUGCUUCAUCAAUGUCCUUCCCUCUGUCAUAAGGUCCGAAGGGGGGAUGAUUGCACAGUGUCCAGCACCAAUUGCGACUGCUCAGAUACUGAAGCAGUCCGCGCUCAACUGCAACAAGAUCUGGACAAUAUCCAGGCUUCGGCUGACCAGUGGCAAGUUACACAAACGCCAGACAAUGACCAUCGCCAAUAAGAGACACUCUAACCACUUCCCCUUGACAUUCAACGGUAUUAUCAUCCCAGAAUCCCCCACUGUCAUCAUCCUGGGGGUUACCGUUGACCAGAAACCCAACUGGACUCCCCCACAUAAACCCAGCGGCUACAGGAGCAGGUCAGAGGCUGGGAAUCCUGUAACUCCCCUCCUGACUCUCCCCCCAAACCCUGUCCCACCAUCUACAAGGCCCAGGUCAGGAGGGUGUGAGGGAAUACUGCCCACUUGCCCCUGGAUGGGGGCAGCUCCAACAACACUCAAAGAAGCUCUACCCCCUCCAGGGACAAAGCAGCCCCCCACUUGAUUCGCCCCCCCCCACCCACAAACACCCCCUCCCUCCCUCCCUCCCCCCACCGACACUCAGUAGCCGCAGUGUGGACCAUCUACAAGGUGCCCUGCAGAAAUCCCCCAAAGCCCCUCAGGCAGCACCUUCCAAACCCCACGGCCACUUCCAUCCUGAAGGACAAGGGGCAGCAGGUACAUGGGAACACCAGCCCCCUGCAAGUUCCCCUCCGAGCCCCUCCCCAUCCCGCCUCGGGAAUAUAUCGCCAUUCCCCUCAGUGUGGCUGGGUCCGAAUCCUGGAAUUCCGUCAACAAGGAAGAAGAAUAGGGAGCAUCAGAAGCUCACCACUCUACAAAAGGCGAGGACGUUAUCACAACAAAGACCGGGCCAUUUGGUCAAUCCACUCUGUUCCCUUUCCCAACUCCACGGGAACCUCCUUGACCCCUCGAUCUUUCCCUCAACUCCAGCAGUGUCUCCUCGCCACCAUUUCUUCCCUCUGUGAUUAUCCGUUGACCACUCCAUGUCGGAAUGCAUUCCAUAUUCUCCCGCUCUCUGGGGGAAUUUUCUGCUGAAUUUCCAAUUGGAUUGGUCAGUGAUUGCCUUAUCGCCCCCUGGGUUCUGGUCAUUGCAUCAAAGUACGUGGGGACCAGAACUGUGCACGGUGCUCCAAGUGUGGUCUAACUGAGGGAUACAGAGACCAGAACUGUGCACGGUGCUCCAAGUGUGGUCUAACUGAGGGAUACAGAGACCAGAACUGUGCACGGUGCUCCGAGUGUGAUGUAGCGAAUGUUGUAUGUCACUUUGUCGUGGCCCUUUGUGAAAUGCAUCCUGUAGUUGACCUUUGCAGCAUUUAGUACAAUGUUGAUGUCCAGUCCCUGGCUCCACGUCUCUGAGAGUCACGCUUGGAUUCCCAAGCUAUCAUGUUCUGUAAUGACCCACCCCUGACAGUCUGAGCUAUGUCAGUAUUGUGUAGGGGUGUCCAGUCCAUUAAAGUCACGGCCUCCAGUCCACUUCUCAUUAAAACGAUCACCAGUUCGUUUGGAUGGGCGCAUGAGAGGGAUGGAGGGAGGGAGGCAGAGGGAACAUCAUUUUCUUUUUGGCUGUGAAGGUCCCUCUAUAAACAGGGUCCCUAACUGGGAGGGGCAGAGAGAGAGAGAGAGAGUCCCUCUAUAAACAGGGUCCCUAACUGGGAGGGGCAGAGAGAGAGAGAGAGAGUCCCUCUAUAAACAGGGUCCCUAACUGGGAGGGGCAGAGAGAGAGAGUCCCUCUAUAAACAGGGUCCCUAACUGGGAGGGGCAGAGAGAGAGAGAGUCCCUCUAUAAACAGGGUCCCUAACUGGGAGGGGCAGAGAGAGAGAGAGUCCCUCUAUAAACAGGGUCCCUAACUGGGAGGGGCAGAGAGAGAGACAGACAGACAGGGACUGAGUCCCACUUUAAACAGGGUCCCUGACAGAGAGAGAGAGAGACGAUGAGCCCUGGUUAAAUAGUAUCCCUGACAGAAAGACUCCCUUUUCGGGUCCCUGACAGAGAGAGUGAUUCGCUGAAAUGAUAAGGAGGGUGACCAGAUCUGAUUUUCUCCAAUAGCUUGUGUUAAUCAAUUGGAUAUCUGUAUAUGAGGAAAUGAAUAAAAUAUUGAAAUCCACCGAA